AAUGAAUCCGAUAACAGAAGUGUCGGCUAAAAUACGGUCGGCGUAAAUAUUAUCGGUUACAAUAUUUUCGGAGAUAUAAUUUUCGUCGUAAAUAUGUUUCGGCUUAAAAAUUGUUCGAACAAAAUAUUUUCGGCGUAAAUAAUUUUCGGUAAAAUUAUGGUCGGACCAAAUAUUUUCGGCUAAAAUAUUUUCGGCUUUUUUAUAGCCCCCCCCCCCACCAAACACCGGCAAAAGUUUGAAGGUUUUGGAAUGUGUGACUUAACAAUAUAACUCCAAGAGUAAUACAACUCGAUUAUUUGACAAUAUAAUAUUGUUUUAGAUGUAAUGGCCAAUCAUUGGAAUAAAAUAGAUCUUCCUCAGCCAAUACCAAUAAGUCACCGAGCCUUUGACAAAGGUGAAUCUGUUAGAAUAAAACAUGAUAUUGAAAACAUAAUGCCAAAACAAGCUGAAUGGGACAUGCACAAAUUAUAUGAUGAAGGAGCUUUAAUUUCAAGACUGUAUUCUAAAGUAAAAAGGAAAUUCAGGGGAGAGAAACUCUUUAGGCGCCUAAAACAGAUUACUGUAAUAGUUAGAAAACUUUAUCAUAUUAAUGUUCCACAAGUUAUUUCAUUGUUGUUAUUAAGUUUUGAAGACGGCGGAAUGCCCACUAAACAAUUAGGCCAAUGGGCAGGUGCACGAAUUUUUGCUUCUUAUAAGCUUAUUGAAAGACUGCAAAUAUUCAGUAGAGGAGUGGCUGAAUUGAUAAUCAAAGUAUUUCAACAUGGACAGUGUUGGGUAGAAAUGGAUAUUGCACUUGCUAUGGUCAGCAGAGUAUGGAUACUUUCUAAAUCGUUGCAGAAUUUUUACACCCGUUUGUAUCAAAAAUAUUUACCCAUUAUUAAUCAGUUAAGAACGGCUAAAACCGAAUGGUUGUCAGAUUUUGAAUUACCAACUAGCGUUGAUUGCAAUGUUAUUGAAAACAGUUUAAGUGACUCUGAUGAAUCUGUUCAAGAAUUAGUACCUAUGCCUGGUGCAGUUAUGAGUAGAAGACCUGAUUUUAAAGAUAACGUCAAAAAAAGAAAAAGACCCAAUUUUAAAGAUAAUACAGUUAAAAAAAGAAAAAGACCAGGAAAGCAAGUUCGAAAGGCACAUUUGCUUCAUAAACAUAAAAGCAAAGUUACGAAUAAAUGUAAAAAACUAAAAGUUGAAUAAUUGUAUUUGUUUUUAUUAUUAAUAAAAUUGUUCUAGUUAA